CCACCACGACUCUAGAUACAACCCGGACUCUAGAUAUAACUACCACACUCCAGCUACUACUACCAUGACUCUAGAUACAACUACCACGACUCUAGAUAUAACUCUACCACGACUCCAGCUACUACUACCAUGACUCUAGAUACAACUACCACGACUCUAGAUAUAACCACCACGACUCUAGAUAUAACCACCACGACUCUAGAUACAACUACUCUAUACCGACUCUAGAUACAACUACCACGACUCCAGCUACUACUACCAUGACUCUAGAUACAACUACCACGACUCUAGAUAUAACCACCACGACUCUAGAUAUACCAUGACUCUACAACUACCACGACUCUAGAUACAACUACCACGACUCUAGAUACAACUACCAUGAGAUACAACUACCACGACUCCAGCUACUACUACCAUGACUCUAGAUACAACUACCACGACUCUAGAUAUAACCACCACGACUCUAGAUACAACUACCAUGACUCUAGAUACAACUACCACGACUCCAGCUACUACUACCAUGACUCUAGAUACAACUACCACGACUCCAACUCCAACUACCACAUUGUAUACUAAUACAGGUAAGUGUUCUCUAGUUACUAUUGCUAGUUUGUGAGAGAGACAGAAAAGCAACUCUCAUUUAUUAUUACUUUAUUUGGAUUAAGCUUGUUUUUGCAGUAGGUUGUUUGUGGUAGGUUAUUAUUUUAUUGUUAUUUGUUAAUGACCUUAAUUUAAUAAUUUUCGAUAAGCUUUUCAAAGCUUUACAAUUAAUUUUAGAUAUGUUUAAACAUAUCAUCAAAAUAUAUCGAAAUAUGAAAAAAUAUUAAAUCAUUUAAAAAGCUGAUCCACAAAUAUUAAACCAAGUCCAUUAUUGGAUCACUCUGAAUGUAAAUUGGUAAAAUAUGUAGCAAAAUAUUCCCAAAAUGUAAAGAAAUUUGCUUUGAAUUGGAUAUUGAUAGUCAAGGCUUGAGUAAAACGUGUAUAAUAAAGCCCGGUGGUCUGAGCUAGCCAGAAAACUAAAUCCAUCCACUGGGUUUUAUAAGGAAACUAUUAAUAUAUAGCUAUACAAUGUGGUCACAUGAGAAAUAAAAUUUAUGACCUGCCGGCGCUUGUGCCUGGGAUGUGCCGCAAGCCAUGCCUGCAUUUCUCUCUGAUGCAGCCUCUCCACCCUCCUUACAGACGCCGCCCACUGCACUCCAGAGCCUUUUAGAGGUUCCACCUCCUCUGACAGUUAAAGGGACACUAUAGUCACCAGAACAACUACAGCUUAAUGUAAUUGUUCUAAUAAGUAGAAUCAUUCCCUUCAGGCUUUUUGCUGUAAACCCUAGGGACAACUUCAGUGGCCACUCCUCAGACGGUCACUGGAGGUGCUUCCUGGGGCAGUGCUGCACAAUGUUUAGAACUGAAGUUCAGCAUUUCCACACCCUGCAUGGACAAAUUGAAUUUUCCCAAUAGAGAUCGGACCCGCGCAAUGCUUGAAAUAAGCUAACUUUUAUUACCAUUUCUGUUAAAGCACAGCGUAUCUGAGCUAUAUUUGUGGCUACAUUACAAAUUGAGGAUUGCACCCCUCCAUAGCGCCGCUGGCCAUUCUUUGGAAUUAUUUUCUAUAUUCUCACUCUGUAUUUGUUUUCCAGGGGGCUCCCUCUACUGCAUAGAGUGUGUGAACACCACGGGUUCUACCUGUACCGGGAGCAACGUGGCCUGUCCCACUGGAAGCAUCUGUGGAUCUCAGUACACAGUAACCCGUUUAGGUAUGUGGUUAAAGUGACAUUAUUGCCACCAAAUGUGGCCUGUCGCACUGGAAAUGUCUGUGGAUCUCAGUACAAAGUAACUAGUUUGGGUAUGUGGUUAAAGGGACUCUAUUCACACUUUUGAUGCACUUCUUCACCCUGUGACUCCCCCUCCUUCCACCACCUUGUCCGCCACAAACUUUGCAUCUCAUUUCACUGAGAAGAUCUCUACAAUCAGGAAAGAGAUCUCUACUCUUUCUCCAACCAGUAUCAAUACAUCACCCAACCCCACUCCCCCUGCCAUCCUAAGCUCAUUUGCACCUGCUACAGCACAAGAAGUUUCUGCUCUGCUCCUGUCCUCCCGCCCCACCACCUGCUCCCUCGAUCCUAUUCCCUCGCAUCUCAUCCGCACUUUGUCUCCCUCUCUUGCUCUUCCUCUCGCUAACAUUUUCAAUCUCUCCCUUUCCUCUGGCACAUUUCCCUCUGCCUUCAAACAUGCAACCGUAACCCCAAUUCUGAAAAAGCCCAACCUUGAUCCCAACUCCCCAUCCAACUACCGCCCUAUCUCGCUACUGCCAUUUGCCUCCAAGAUCCUCGAGAGAGUUGUCUACGCCAGAUUGACAGACUUUCUUGAAUUCAACUCUCUGCUUGACCCCCUUCAGUCUGGAUUCCGCGCUGGUCACUCUGUCGAAACUGCUGUGACCAAAGUAUCCAACGAUUUAAUUUCUGCUAAAUCUCGCGGCCAAUACUCUAUCCUAAUCCUCCUUGAUCUUUCUGCCGCCUUUGACACUGUUGAUCAUCAACAGCUUCUUCACAUUCUCCGUAACUUUGGUCUACGGGAUUCUGCUCUCUCCUGGUGCUCCUCCUACCUCUCCCAGCGCUCCUUCAGUGUUUCUUUCUCUGGCUCUGCCUCUUCUCCCCAACCCCUCCCUGUCGGUGUCCCCCAAGGUUCUGUCCUCGGCCCCCUACUGUUCUCUAUCUAUACUGCCUCCCUUGGUAAACUCAUCAGCUCUUUUGGCGUCCAAUACCAUUUAAAUGCAGAUGACACGCAAAUCUACCUGUCCUCCCCUGAUCUCUCUCCGCCCACCUUGACUCGUGUUUCUGACUGCCUCUCUGCUAUUUCCAACUGGAUGGCUGCUCACUUCCUUAAACUCAACAUGUCCAAAACAGAACUUCUAGUUUUUCCUCCCUCAAGUGCUGCUACUCCUGUGUCUGUCGCCAUCCAAGUCAACGGCGCUACUAUCACCUCUACCUCCCAGGCUCGCUGCCUAGGAGUUCUUUUUGAUUCUGAUCUCUCUUUUACUCCCCAUGUUCAAUCGAUAGCCAAAUCCUGUCGCUUCCAACUCAAGAACAUAGCGCGCAUCCGCCCAUAUCUAACGCCGGACGCGGCUAAGGUACUGGUUCAUGCUGUUGUUCUCUCUCGCCUUGACUAUUGCAAUCCCCUUCUCACCGGUCUUACAUGUUCCCAGCUUGCACCGCUGCAAUCUAUAAUGAAUACGGCUGCGAGGCUUAUUUUCCUUUCCGGUCGCACCUCUCACGCCUCCACGCUCUGUCAGUCCCUGCAUUGGCUUCCAGUUAGAUAUAGGGCCCAAUUCAAAAUUCUGGCACUUGCUUACAAAUCCCUACAUAAUGCUGCCCCAACAUACCUAUCCUCCCUCAUACACAAGUAUGUCCUGUCGAGACCCCUGCGCUCAGCCCAAGACCUACUCCUAUCCUCUGCCCGGAUCCCCACCUCUGAUGCUCGCCUUCAAGACUUCUCCAGGGCUGCACCUAUUCUGUGGAACUCCCUUCCCUCCUCAAUCAGACUUUCACCCAGCCCCCAUUCCUUCAAAAAAUAUUUGAAAACUCACUUCUUCAUUAAAGCAUAUCAAUUAAACUGUCAGCAGGUUUCUCAUCCCCCACCCCAUGACUCCGUUCCUUCACCUGUCAAAAACGACCUACCAAGCACUCAAUAAACCCUUCUGUAACAAACUAUUUAAUUCCCCUACUUUAACCCUUUGUGUCACUAUACCCCACUCCCUCUAGCAUGUAAGAUCAUCGAGCAGGGCCCUUAACCCCCUCUGUUCCUGUACGUCAGUGGUCUGAUCUCAAUUAUGUGUCUGUUAGUCCACCCAUUGUACAGCGCUACAGAAUUUGUUGGCGCUAUAUAAAUAAUAAAAUAAUAAUAAUAAUAAAUAGUCACCACGUGUGGCUUGUCACACUGGGAGUGUCUGUGGAUCUCAGUAAACAGUAACUAAAUUGGGUCUGUGGUUAAAGGGACACUAUAGUCACACUUGUGGCCUGUCCCACUGGAAGUAUCUGUGGAUCUCAGUAAACAGUAGCUAGUUUGGGUAUGUCGUUAAAGAGACACUAUAGUUACCACACGUGGCUUGUCCCGCUAGGAGUGUUUGUUGAUCUCAGUACACAAUAACUAGUUUGGGUAUGUGGUUAAAGGGACACUAUAGUCACCCUGUGUGGUCUGUUCCACUGGAAUCAUCUGUGGAUCUCAGUAAAAAGUAACUAGUUCAGGUAUGUGGUUAAAGGGAUACUAUAGGCACUACGUGUGGCCUGUCCAACUGGUAAUAUCUGUGGAUCUCAGUGCACAUUAGCUAGUUUGGGUAUGUGGUUAAAGGGACACUAUAGUUAACAUGCUUGGCCUGUCCAACUGUAAGCGUCUGUGGAUCUCAGUACACAGUAACUAGUUUGGGUAUGUGAUUAAAGGAAAACUAUAAUCACCAUGUGUGACCUGUCCCCCUGGGUGUGUCUGUGGAUCUCAGUACAAAGAAACUAGUUUGGAUAUAUGGUUAAACAGACUCUUUAGUCACCACGUGUGGCCUGUCCUACUGGGAGUGUCUUUGGAUCUCACUAUACAGUAACUAGUUUAGGUAUGUGGUUAAAGGGACACCAUAGUGACCAGACGUUACCUGUCCCACUGGGAGUGUCUGUGGAUCUCACUAUACAGUAACUAGUUUAGGUAUGUGGUUAAAGGGACACCAUAGUGACCAGACGUUACCUGUCCCACUGGGAGUGUCUGUGGAUCUCACUAUACAGUAACUAGUUUAGGUAUGUGGUUAAAGGGACACCAUAGUGACCAGACGUUACCUGUCCCACUGGGAGUGUCUGUGGAUCUCACUAUACAGUAACUAGUUUAGGUAUGUGGUUAAAGGGACACUAUAGUGACCAGACGUUACCUGUCCCACUGGGAGCUUCUGUGGAUCUCACUAUACAGUAACUAGUUUAGGUAUGUGGUUAAAGGGACACUAUAGUGACCAGAUGUUACCUGUCCUACUGGGAGUGUCUGUGGAUCUCACUAUACAGUAACUAGUUUAGGUAUGUGGUUAAAGGGACACCAUAGUGACCAGACGUUACCUGUCCUACUGGGAGUGUCUGUGGAUCUCACUAUACAGUAACUAGUUUAGGUAUGUGGUUAAAGGGACACCAUAGUGACCAGACGUUACCUGUCCCACCGGGAGUGUCUGUGGAUCUCAGUACACAGUAAGUAGUUGGGUAUGUGGUGAAGUAGAUCAUGGUAUGAGGUUCACAGAGGAACUGACAGUAUACCUCACUGCUCUAUUUCUAGUCAGAAGAUGUAUCUCAAAACUUAUUUAAGAAAUGUAGUUCCUAUAUAUAGGUCGGAGUUAUGCAGUAUUGUUUACUUGUUUUUAGAAUUAGUUUUGUCUCUAAACCCAAUGUAAAAUGAUCUUAGAUGUUCUUUAUUUAUAUUACCAUUGUGCAUCACCUGCAUAUCUAGAGAUGGACUUUAAGAAGUCAGCAUUCGGCUCAGGAACUUGUCAAAUUAUGUUUCCAAACUAUCCCAGAGUUCCCAUCUCGAUGUACAGAUGAGGACAGACAGGUAUUGUGUUUCAGACUUUAUUCUGCAUUUCUGUUCUUUUCUCGUACAAUGUACAGACAGGGCGGUUUUUGAAAAGAUUUCCAGGAAAUGUCUGCCAGAGAAGCAGUGCAGUGUGAGUGGAAGCUAUAGCUUUAACCGCGAAAAGAUCACAACUGCAACGUCAUGUUGUAACAGUAGUGGAUGUACCCCGACAUUCCCCACAUGUGAGUAAAAUGGAAUGUUACCAAUAAAAUGAACUUAGGAUAUAAGUAACAUGAAAGUUAUAUCUCUCUAAUUUUGGGAUUCCUCGAAAUCAUCAGUUUGGAUUCUAAUCUAAUUUUUUAUCUGCUUUAAUUAAAGUGCCAGCAGGAAGCUCGGAGCCCAACGGUGUGACCUGCCCAACAUGUUCCAUUCCAGGCUCCAUUGUGUGCUACAGUGGGGAAAACAUUCAAUGUACUGGGAAUGAGACCAUGUGCUUCCUGCGAGGGUCCACCAUAACAGGUAAAGUAACGCCAAUCUUACCACUGGGGACUUUAUAGUCAUACGAACUGAUUUCACCCGCAGUGCAAAUGUGUCACCUUUAACAGCUUUGUAUUAUUCUAAGUUUAAUAACUAAAUGUGAGAUCACUGAUGAACACUAUUUAUUGAAUUUGGGAAUUCUUAUUUGGACGAAUGUGAAUUUGUCAGAAUUUUACAAAAUUAGCUCAUUCGCACAAAACAAGAAUAAACAAAUUUGCACAAAAUGACCUCUGUGCACUUCAUUCAUUCGUCAUUCGUCUUAUAACAUAAAAGGGGAGGUAGGGGUAUGAGGGGUGGCUUAAACCUAGCUUAUACUAGAACAGCGGUCAGACUGACCAUAUUAGGCUUCUAUCUGUUCAUGUAACCUGUUAGUGGAUUGGGAGAAGGAAGGCAAUGAGUGAGAGGUUAAAAAUGAAAACAAAUUGUCUCAAUUACAUUUACCACAAAAAUCUGGAAACAAACUUUAUAUGAACCGAACCAAGUAGAUGCAAUUUCCUGUCUGUGCACAAUUCUACUAUUUAUUGAAACCUGUAUAAUGUUUAUAAAGAGACAGAACUUUAUACCAAAAUACCACCCUUUCUGUAGGUCGCGCUUCACUUUACAGACGUAGAGAGUUUUAUUCACUCAGUAUUGUUUAGUGUUGAGAAUUGAAUUCAGUUUUCAUUUCACUGGACGUCGAGGAUGAAAUGUUUAUAGGGUUAAUAAAUUGACAUUGUGGCAGGCUUAUGUAAUGUAUGAUCAUAUAUUGUAACUAAAUCCCCAUUUUUUUGUACCCAAAUCAGGCGUUUUUAAAUAAAUCUAUUAUAUUUUGUGACCCUUCGUUAUUUUGCAGUUGGUUUUUAGGGAGUGAGUGUGCUGGAUCUUGAAUAUUUUAUGUUUACCUACAUAUAUUCAGUCUUUUUCUCGCACUGGUAAUUACAGGGACACUGUAGUCACUGUAACAAUGCCAUUUUGAUGAAGUGGUUAUAGUGUCUGGAGUCCCCAGAUGUUGUCCCUCUAUUACUUAAUAAACCAUUUUCAAGCAGUUUAACACUAAAUGAGGUUCGCUGCCCACCAAUAACCCUUUCCCCACUAGAGGUGUGGCUAAGGCAGAGAUUAUACAGUUCCUUAUAGCCAUACUAAUUCAUACCUGCAAUGGGGGCUGUGAUAGGUGAAAAGCAGUCAGCUGACACUCUCGGCCAAUCACAGCCUGCUGCUCAGGCUAAUACUACCUCAUUAAGCCACGCAGUACAAAGGGGAUGGGCCGCUGGUUUUACCAUUAAAACAUAAAAACAUUAAAACCUGUCUUACACUGAAUAAAAGGAAGUGGACAGGGGAAUCCAGACACUAUUACCACUGCAUUGAGAUGAAGCAAAAAACGUGCCUACAGUGUCCCUUUAAGACAAUGUUGCAAAGCUGCAUUUACAUAUUCUUGUUAAGAAGCCUUGAUUUUAUAUUUCUGCUUAAGGAGCGUUUUAAAAAAACACAACAUAUUUUAAGAUAUUGAUUCAAACUUUCACCGCGGUGUAUUGUGCUCUUGUUAAUAGCUGACUGAUGUAAAACAUAUUUUGUUACAUUUCUUCUCUACAGAAAAUCUGCAAUCUCUUUCAAUUCGCGGUUGUGCCACAAAAAGUGUUUGUGAUAAUGAAAUUCCGUCCUCGGUCACCGGUUUUACAGAUACAAAUGUUAGGUUCUUCUGUACCGUGCCCGGAGACGACUGUCAGUGUCAGUACCAAUUAUUUUAUUGUUAUUUUACUGAUUUGUUUUCUGAGGUGGACGCAUAAUGGACAGACAGAUGAGUGGUUAGAUAGAUGGAUAGAUGGAAGGAAGGACAUCUGGGUGGAUGGAUCAUGGAUGGAUUGAUCGAUGCUGUAUCGAUGGGUGGGUGGAUGAAGGCAUGGAUGGUAGGAAGGACAUAUUGGUGGAUUUAUCACGAAUGGAUUGAUAUAUGAUGUGUGUAAGAAUGGAUGGGUGUGUGGGUGGAUGGAUAGAUGGAUAGAUGGCCAAACAGGUGGGUGGAUCAUAGAUGGAUGGAUUGGUGGAUGGGUAGGUGAGUAGGAUGGAUGUAUAGAUGGACAGAAGGAUGGAUGAACAAACAGAUGGAUGGAUGGACAGACAGGUGGGUGGAUCAUGGAGGGGUGGAUGGACGGAUGGAUGGAUAGAUGAACGGAUGGAUGGAUGGGUGGAUGAAUGGACAGGUGGAUAGAAGGAUGGAUGGAAGGGUAGAUGGAUGGACAGAGGGAUGGAUGGAAGGAUGAAUAGAUGGAUGGAUGAGUAGGUGGUGGGAUGGAUUAAUAGGGGAAUGAAUAGGUGCGUGGGUGGAUGGAUGGAUGGUAUGACGGACCACCUGGCACCCCUGACUGGGUACCUCCAUUAAGCUCGCUUCCUAGCUCUCCACCGGGACACAGGAGUGCUUCAGCUCCCAGCCGCCACAGUUUGGCUGGGGUUUCACCGUCGCUUCCUGCCCUGGAACAAGGUCCUGGGUACAGCUUCAAAUGAUUGAGCUCUCCUGCAGACAUUAUAGCUGAUCCACCAAAACACUAGUCCAGACUGAGUGAAGGGUGAAAGGGAACUGCUUUAUUAUGGCCAAGUUGCCUGCUUAUAUACACAAACCCCUGCAGGGAUUUACCACACAAUACAAUGCAAGCCCCUCCCAAAGAUCUCUGAGUCUGGAAGAUAAUUGAAUUAAAGACCGGUAAGCUAAUUACAGUGCCUUGCUAAAGUAUUCACCCCCCCCCAAGACUUUUUACCUAUUUUGGUACAUUACAGCCUUAAGUUCAAUGUUUUAUUAAUCUGAAUUUUAUGUGAUGGAUCCGAACACAAUAGUCUAUGUUGGUGAAGUGAAAUGAUAACAAUAUAUACAUAAAACUAUUUUUUAGAAAUAGAAAACAGAAAAUUGGCAUGUGCGUAUGUAUUCACCCCCUUUGUUAUUAGUGAAAUGAUGUCCACCUGUGUGCAAUCUAAGUGUGAAAAAAGCAAAAUACACCUAAAAAUAUACAAUAGAGAAAACACUCAUAGAGUAAUAAUAUACCGUAUUUAUCGGCGUAUAACACGCACCGGCGUAUAACACGCACCUCCUUUUAAGAAGGAAAUUUCAGGAAAAAAAACCUUAAAUUUCAAAUAAAGAACUUCUUACCCCCUUCUUACUCCCCCCUCCCCCUCUUCUUACCCCCCUUUCUUACUCCCCCUCCCCCUCUUCUUACCCCCUUUCUUACUCCCCUCCUUACUUCCCCCCUCUUACCCCCUUCUUACUCCCUCCCCUCUUCUUAACCCCCUUUCUUACUCCCCCUCCCUCUUCUUACUUCCUCCCCUUCUUACUCCCCUCCCCUUUUCUUAACCCUUUCUUACUCCCCCUCCCCCUCUCUUACCUCCCCUCCUCUUACCCCUUCUUACUCCCUUACUCUCUCCCUCUUCUUGGCAAAAAUCCCAGUGGCAAAAGGUGGCUCUACAAAGUAUUGAGUUUAGGGGGUGAAUAGUUAUGCAAAAAAAUAAAAACCUUCAAAGUUGUGGGCAUGAUCUGUAAAUUAAAUGAUACAAAUCCUCAAACAAUCCAUGUUAAUUCCAGUUGUGAGGCAACAAAACACGAAAAAUGCCAAUGGGGGGGUGAAUACUUUUGCAAGGCACUGUAUCUCCCUGGAGCAGAGAGCCCAACACAAAACAUAAAAACAUGAAAGUACUCCAAAACAUAAUAAAAACAUACAAUAACCACACAUGUCAUACAUCCCUAAAAAGCCAUGAUCUGAAAGCCCAAGUUGUCCAAAUAGCACUCAUAUCAAUGCAGUGGUAGGGAAAAUGCCACUGUGUUAAAGUUCUGACCGGCCACACACGUGGUCCUAUGGCCAAAAUAGUUCCAGGGUGUUUGGUGCUUCUGCUGGUCAACUUUCGGGAGCUCCUGCAUCCGAAAUACCGGGUGCUCAGCAAGUCUCUCAGGUUGUUCCUCUUAGUCUCAGGCAACUUCCCUCCAAAAAGCGUUCUCCUGGGGGUUGCAAACUAAAUCAAAACCCCGGACCAAGUUGUCUGGGAACCGCACGGGUCACCUCAUGCUGAAAAAAUAUAACAUUCACGGCUAAGUCCCGCUGACCGGGAAUUAUGAAGUCCUCCGACCAAAAACAGUUCCAUAGCAGUCACGGCUGAGUACUGAUGAGGACCAUUCGGGGUUUCUUCAUGCAAAUGGCCCCCAGGGAGCUAGUGUUCUGUUCCAUUGGAACGAAGGGAAAGUGCCAAACCAGGGGUACCCAGGGAAAGCUGUUAAUGUUGGCUGGGCAGGCAUGGGCGUCCGCAGGAAUAUUUUCGAGGGGGGCAUAAUUGUAAUGACAUCCAUGCUGGGCCCCAUUUUGACAGUGUCAUUAAGGUAAGGAGCAUACUCAUUAUCACAUGAAGCAUAAGCAGGCAAAGAGUAAAGAAACCUGAUGCAAAAUCUUAUUAGAAGAAUCAAGUUGACAUUAUGUGAUUUAAGUAUUGAAAUUUCUAAUCUGUUUUAAUAUUAACACUACUCAAUGCACCCCAUUAGUCAUACAGCCAUGAUCAAGGCACUAUCACUGAAUUAAAAAAAUACAAAUGUGCAAUCUACAUUUCGCGUUACAUUUGGCCACAGCAAUAGGUGGCAUGCACAGCACCAGAUUGCAACCACAGUACCAGAUUUCACUUGCCACAGUCCCAGACUGCACACAAAGCUAUUGCCACAUCAGAAGGUAGCAUACACAGCGGUUACUACAGAACUUUGAGACACUCACAGCACCAAAAAGUACCAACAGAACCAGAUUGCACCCACAACACUUCCCACACCUUAUAAAUGCCACUACUACUACUACUAAUAAUAAUAAUGAAAAGGAAAAAAAGCUUUUGUGUCCUCCCCCCCCAACUUGUGCCCAUUCUCUCAUAUCCCAUCCACACACACCUUCAACUUUUUUCAUAUCUCCCGACCCAACUUGUGCCCAUUCUCUCAUAUCCCAUCCACACACACCUUCAACUUUUUUUCAUAUUCUCCAUGUUUCCAUUCUCCAUAUUCUCCAUGUGUCCAUUUUCUAGUAACUCCCUACACCCACCUUCAUAUUUCUCCAUAUUCCCCCGUCUCUCACCCCUCAUUCUGUCCCUUUCUCCAUAUAUUCUCCCUGUCUGUUCAUUACCUAACUGUAUAGUAAUUCUCUCCCUACCUGCGCUGGUGUAUUGUGGCUGAGUGGCUUGGGACUGGUAGUCCUACCAGCUCAGUUUGGUGCCACCUGCAGGUAGGCGGGAGCAGUGAUAAAAAUCAAUCCCUGCUCUCUAUUGCAGCCCACUCUCAGGAAUGAACACUCGGCUGCUUCAUGUGGAGUGUGGCUGAGCACAAACUGUAAGUGCAGCCUUUUUAUUUUAAAGUUAUUAAACAAAGUACCCACUUCAAGUUAUCCUGCAUGGGUACCUGUGGGGAAGAAGGGCAAAUUGAAAUUUCCGGGGGGGAGGGGGCAAGCGCCACUUCUCCCCCCCUCUGGAUGCCCCUGUGGGCUGGGUAACUCCAGAACAAGGUCUCAGACCUGGACCAUAGUUGGCGGGCAGGAGUCUCCUGGAUCAGUCCUCCAGGAGUUCGUGGCAAACGUCCUAGGAAAAGAGCGUUUGUCACAGAUGGUCAGACAGGGGGAUGGAUCAUGGAUGGAUGAAUGGAAAGAUGGAUGGACGGAUGGUUGAAUGGAUGGAUGGAUAAAUGGAAGGAUGAGUGGGAGGAUGGAAGGAUGGAUGGAUUGAAGGAAUGAUUGAAGGAUGGAAGGAUGGAUGGAUGGAUGGAUGGAUGGAUGGAUGGAUGGACAGACGAAUACAGUUCUUAUACAGUAGUUAUGGCAUAAAGAAUAUAGGGAUUGGUGACCUAUCAGAGCAGAAAAUCUGAUCUUACUUUCCCUAACUAAUGCAAUGCUUUGUUUUUUAAACAGGUAAGAGAUGCCAAUCGUUCCUGCCCUAACUGUGUACAGUGAAGACACAUAACACCAGGUGACACAGAUUCAGGAAAUACACAGAGGGAACUGGAGACACAACAACAAUUCAACAAAAUAUUAAAAUGAAUGUGACAAAUCAUUCUAAUUAUAGCUACAGUAUUUCAGAUAAUGAAUUGAAUUCCCCAUGCAGUAAUGAUACUUGUUAUAUCAGAUAAUGAAUUCCCCAUGCAGUAAUGAUACUCGUUAUAUCAGAUAAUGAAUUCCCCAUGCAGUAAUGAUACUCGUUAUGUCUGAUAAUGAAUUCCCCAUGCAGUAAUGAUACUUGUUAUAUCAGAUAAUGAAUUCCCCGAGCAGUAAUGAUACUCGUUAUAUCCGAUAAUGAAUUCCCCGUGCAGUAAUGAUACUCGUUAUAUCAGAUAAUGAAUUUCCCGUGCAGUAAUGAUACUCGUUAUGUCUGAUAAUGAAUUCCCCAUGCAGUAAUGAUACUCGUUAUGUCUGAUAAUGAAUUCCCCGUGCAGUAAUGAUACUCGUUAUAUCCGUUAAUGAAUUCCCCGAUCAGUAAUGAUACUCGUUAUGUCUGAUAAUGAAUUCCCCGUGCAGUAAUGAUACUCGUUAUAUCAGAUAAUGAAUUCCCUGUGCAGUAAUGAUACUCGUUAUGUCUGAUAAUGAAUUCCCUGUGCAGUAAUGAUACUCGUUAUGUCUGAUAAUGAAUUCCCCAUGCAGUGAUGAUACUCGUUAUGUCUGAUAAUGAAUUCCCCAUGCAGUGAUGAUACUCGUUAUAUCAGAUAAUGAAUUCCCCGUGCAGUAAUGAUACUCGUUAUAUCAGAUAAUGAAUUCCCCAUGCAGUAAUGAUACUCGUUAUAUCAGAUAAUGAAUUCCCCGUGCAGUAAUGAUACUCGUUAUAUCAGAUAAUGAAUUUCCCGUGCAGUAAUGAUACUCGUUAUAUCAGAUAAUGAAUUUCCCGUGCAGUAAUGAUACUCGUUAUAUCAGAUAAUGAAUUCCCCAUGCAGUAAUGAUACUCGUUAUGUCUGAUAAUGAAUUCCCCAUGCAGUAAUGAUACUCGUUAUGUCUGAUAAUGAAUUCCCCGUGCAGUAAUGAUACUCGUAUGUCUGAUAAUGAAUUCCCCAUAUGCUGCAGUUGAUACCGAUAAUGAAUUCCCCAUGCAGUAUGAUACUCGUUAUAUCAGAUAAUGAAUUCCCCGUGCAGUAAUGAUACUCGUUAUAUCAGAUAAUGAAUUCCCCGUGCAGUAAUGAUACUCGUUAUAUCAGAUAAUGAAUUCCCCGUGCAGUAAUGAUACUCGUUAUAUCAGAUAAUGAAUUCCCCGUGCAGUAAUGAUACUCGUUAUAUCAGAUAAUGAAUUCCCCGUGCAGUAAUGAUACUCGUUAUAUCAGAUAAUGAAUUCCCCGUGCAGUAAUGAUACUCGUUAUAUCAGAUAAUGAAUUCCCCAUGCAGUAAUGAUACUCGUUAUAUCCGAUAAUGAAUUCCCCGUGCAGUAAUGAUACUCGUUAUGUCUGAUAAUGAAUUCCCCGUGCAGUAAUGAUACUCGUUAUAUCCGAUAAUGAAUUCCCCGUGCAGUAAUGAUACUCGUUAUGUCUGAUAAUGAAUUCCCCAUGCAGUGAUGAUACUCGUUAUGUCUGAUAAUGAAUUCCCCAUGCAGUAAUGAUACUCGUUAUGUCUGAUAAUGAAUUCCCCGUGCAGUAAUGAUACUCGUUAUGUCUGAUAAUGAAUUCCCCGUGCAGUAAUGAUACUCGUUAUAUCAGAUAAUGAAUUCUCCAUGCAGUAAUGAUACUCGUUAUGUCUGAUAAUGAAUUCCCCGUGCAGUAAUGAUACUCGUUAUGUCUGAUAAUGAAUUCCCCGUGCAGUAAUGAUACUCGUUAUGUCUGAUAAUGAAUUCCCCGUGCAGUAAUGAUACUCGUUAUAUCAGAUAAUGAAUUCCCCGUGCAGUAAUGAUACUCGUUAUGUCUGAUAAUGAAUUCCCCGUGCAGUAAUGAUACUCGUUAUAUCAGAUAAUGAAUUCCCCGUGCAGUAAUGAUACUCGUUAUGUCUGAUAAUGAAUUCCCCGUGCAGUAAUGAUACUCGUUAUGUCUGAUAAUGAAUUCCCCGUGCAGUAAUGAUACUCGUUAUAUCAGAUAAUGAAUUCUCCAUGCAGUAAUGAUACUCGUUAUAUCAGAUAAUUAAUGUCCGGGUUUGAUCAUUUUUUAUGUUUAUACUAAAUAAUUACAACAUAUUUCCGGAAGAUUUGGGGUUUUGAAGUUUCAUUCUAAUAUUUCAAUGUUGGAUACUUUAUAUUUAGUAUUGAUUAAUAUCUAAAAAUAGAAAUGGACAUUUUUCAGUUUUUGGAUGUUAACAAGUUAAUGAUUUAUGAAAAAAAUAUAUUUUAUCUGCAAAAAAUAUGGUAUUGGGUUAAUGGUGACGGUAAGACUAAUUAAAGACCCAAAGUUAACACAUGAUGCAUCUCUUGUUAAUGUUUACAGUAGCUUUGCAGUUUAUUAAUUUACUUACGUUAAUGUUUUAUACUUUGUAUUGUUUUCUAUUAGAUGUACUAUGCACUGUUUUCUAUUAGAUGGAUCACAGCUGAUGAUCCGGGAGAAUACAAAGAAAGAAAAAACAGAUUGUGCCAAAUAAUAACUGUACCAAAAUGUAUCUACAGUAAUAAAACAACAAAGGCCAACAUAGAGUAGUAUAGCAAUACACUUACUGCAUGUAAAAUUCAAUGUUGAACUCACAAGAGUAUAAUAAAAAUGAGUUUAUCUUGUCUGCUGAUAAAAUGCUGAUGGUCAAGGUCUUCGUAUAUUCUUAAAAUUGCAUGUCAAAGAAAUGGUAGAAAAACAUAGUGCUACACUGUAUAAAGGUAUAACAAACGUAUUAUUAUAAUAGGCAUUUUUUUGGGGAGGGGGCGAGACCCAAGAAAAUAAAAAGAGAUCGCACAAUAUUUAUAUUUCCGAGACAAUCACCAAUCAAUCUUACCAAUCGAUUUGCCCCCUUCACAAGUUUGAAUACUUGAAGCAAGAGGAGAAGAGAGAGUGGGGAGACGGAACAAAUUUAAUUUUAAAUUGUAAUAAAGAUGAGAGUUUAUGUAUUUUUAACAUUUCCAAUGUAGAGGCCAAAUUACAAGAAUGCAUGAAUUUAAAUAAAGGUUUAAAGAUUUCACCUAGUACACCAUCUGAACCCUUCAAAUUAGAAAGAUGAAAAAAAAAACAAGAAUAUCCCUCUAAGGAUGAUACAUCUUGACUAACCGAGGCAUCAGACCCAUUGCACAAAUUUAAACCUAAAUCCACUUUAAUCCUUAACGAUAGAGGUAUCCAACUAUAAACAAUUAAUAAAAUGAUACUUAAGAAUUUUAAACAUUUUGGUCAAAAGAAUAGAUUGAAAAGUAACCUCACUAAAACAGAAAAUGCUAAUUUAAAAAUCCUAACAGAAAGAGAGGACGUAAUCAUCGAAAAUGCUGAUAAAGAGGGAGGUAUUUGAAUUAUGUCUAAAGAAUAUUAUUCACAGGAAGCUUAUAGAUUGGUCAAUGAUUCAAGUACUUAUAACAAACUAUCC